ACUGUCUAAUCAUUAUUGAGACACAGGCUAAGUUGGUUUGCAAUCAUUUCUCUAGCAUUCACAGAGUUUAUUUAUUUAUUUAUUUAUUUACAUUCUUUUCUCCCAUAAAAGGAUUUUCCAAUUUCCAAGUCUGACCCAGCUCCAAUUCCUAAGCUAUAAAUCUUCAGAGCUCUUGUACUACAACUGAGUUGCAACAUCUAAAUUCAAAGUACUUGGUUUGCAAUGGACCUCUCCAUCAGCACUGUCCUCUUCUUGAUCCUCUCCUGCUGCCUCUCGGAUAUAGAAACUCGAAAUUAUAACUCUAUCAUCACGGUGCCGAAUGGAGGACCAUGGGGUGCUUGGGGGAAUGUUGAUUUUUGUCCUCAAGGUUAUGCUCAUGGUUUUUCACUGAAGAUAGAAUCAUACUUUCCUGAACAGGAUGAUACAGCCUUGAAUGGAAUCCGUUUGUACUGUACUGAUGGUUCAGUAAUUGAGUCUAAAGUUGCACCGUGGGGAAGCUGGACACCCAUUCAGUAUUGUCCAAAAGGCAAACUGGUCUCUUUCUCUCUAAGAGUAGAAGAACAUCAAGGGAAUGGUGAUGACACAGCUGCCAACAACAUCCAGUUUGCCUGUAAAGAUGGAACUGAACUUAUGGGCCAAGGGCUGCAUUGGGGUAGUUUUGGCCCAUGGAGCCACCGCUGCCCCUAUGGAUUUGUCUGUGGGAUUCAGUCAAAGGUGGAGGAUUACCAAGGGAAGGGUGAUGACACAGCCCUCAAUGAUGUGCGGCUGUUCUGUUGUAGAUGAAUUGAUGUUUCUACUCCUAUAGGUGGUAGUGUCUUCAUGAAUUUGCUCACCAUGUAUGUUAACCACAUUUUCAUAACAACCUGAGAAUUGUAUCUCUGUGUGUGAGUUUACUUUCCUCUGUACGUGUCACUGCAGCGUGAAAAAGAGGAAAUAAAAAUAUUAUUUAUUUAUUUAUUUUACAUUUUACACAAAACAUAAUGUAAACACAUAUAUCAACACAUAUAUACAUAAGCCAAUAUAAUAUACUCAAGACAAAAAUGAUGACAAAGGCAUAACGUUGUUUCUUAAAAAAAGAAAAAAGGAAAAAAAGGAAAUAAAAAUAUUCAAGAAAAACAAA